UCUAGACAAUAUGAUCGAUUUAAAUGCUAUGUCUCCUCACACAGAUAUAUUAAAUGAUGUACUGCGCUGAGAGAUUGUGUCGUUUAGUAUUUUGAAGGAAUCUGUGAAUGCAGGUGAGAUGAGCAGCAGGAGGUUCAGGGCUGUGGUGGGUCUCAUGAAGGUCCCAGAGCGCGAGCUCAUGGGUGAUGUUUUAUUACGCGACAGCGCUGAGCCCUCGCUUCCAGUUCACGUCAAUAUCGGUAAAUUUGUGCGCUUGGAUGACGGUCAGUAUAUCGACACCGAGGACCGGGAUAAAGCUGUGAAGAGACGACAGCUCGCAAACGCGAAGGAGAGACUGAGGGUGAGGAGUCUGAACAGCAUGUUCUCGUACCUGCGGCGUAUUGUGCCAGUGAUGCCUCGAGACAGAAAGCCCAGUAAAGUGGACAUGCUGAAGGCUGCGACCGAGUACAUCCGGCUCCUGUCAGCUGUGCUCAAACACACCUCUGCCACCAGUAAUGGGGAUGCAAAUGUUUUGCUAGAGACUGGAAUCAACUGCUCCAGCUUCGAGACUGACUGCUCUGAUCUCUGGAACAUGGAGGAUCGCUGGUCUCCGUCUCACUGUCAGGUCCUGGAGUCCACGUCGAGCCCCUUUCUGUCCGAGAGCGUGAUGACCGCAGCGGACGAUGACCUCGACCUCAACAACAUGACGGUGCAGUGUGUCGUACCCAUGUACAUCGUUCAGGUCGGCUCCGAACAAACUGUGCUGGCCAGUGCACUCUCGUCUUAGGUGCAUUAUGUUAUAUUAUAUUAUAUUAUCACUGACUUGUGCCUCUUCACUCUUUGUGCCAUUUGUCUCUAAUAUUACUAAAACAUGUGAAAUAGAUGAGGAUUGAUGGUUGAUUUGAUUCUGAACUGUCAUGAGACUUUAUUUUGUUGUAUUUAUUUCCUCAUAAGAGCAAACUCCUUUACAUAUGGGAGAAAAUGUUUAUGUUGAGUCUUAUCACGUUUGUUUUGCAAAUGUAAAUAAAUUGUAAAUAGUCAUUUUAAAGUGUU